ACGGUUCGAGGAACUUAUCUGUUGAUUCUGACAGACGUUGGAGUCAACAGUUAUUAUAAAAAUGGUUGGAGUCAACAGUUAUUAUAAAAACCUACGUGACUACAAAGACCUUUGAAUACGUUACGCUGACUACGGAUCAGCUUCUUUUGCUGGACUUAAAGCCGCCUUUGAACACGGUUUUACUGUCAGCUAACGGCUAAGCUGCUGUGUAGCGGCUUCUCUGUUUACAAAUGGAUCCCACGGAGGAUUUAUCAGCCCGGCUCCUGCUGAAAAACAUCCUCAGCACCGAACCACUGCGGACCCCCAUUACCCGCAGUGCCUCUAAAGCUCAGAGUCCCAGCGGGAAGCGACGCAGCAGCAGACUGAGCAAGAAAGAUGCUGGAGCCCAAACACCGCAGGAAAUCAUGAGGCGCAGCAUGAAGCAUAAAUUGCGUGAGAGCAUAACCAGGAAGUCUUUGCCUGCCACCACGAGUAGGAUGACGACCUCAGGACUGCUGCGAAAGACAACUCCAGGCCUGACGUCAAUGUUGUUUGACGAUGAUGACACACCGAGGCACUUACUCAGGAGAAUUCUGCAAACAGAGCCUGUGAGGUCUCCAGUGGUGCACAACAAAGCUGAAUCAGAGGAGCCUGGGUCCUCCUCAGCCAACUCCAGCAUCUCCAGCAAGUGUUCCAGUAUUGAGCUCUCGGGGCUGGAUCUGCCUGAUUUGACCCUGGGCAACCCAGGAACCGUAGCUAAGGGACUGAGCAGGAAGAGACCACGACGAAGCCUUAAUGUGACAGCUUUUGAAAAACGACUCAAACAUGCAAGUGAUUUUCAAGAGGAACAUGAAGAAUCUGCAGAAAACUAUUCAUCACUUUCACUAUCAAGUUCCACUUCUUUGAGUCUAAAAACUCCCUUUGUGGAUGUCCGGAGUGAGAAAAGGGGCCUGCAGAGGAGAGCGUCCAACCGCAGAAAAAUCACAGAGGAAGAAUUUGGCGCUGCUGUUAAUAAACAGUGGAUGGGAGGUGAUCAUGUAAAGGGAGUGGAGCUCAACCAUUCAACCUACAGUGAUGGCUUCACUCUGGGCCUGAGUGAACUCUGUGAACCUAAUAUCACGACUGACAUCAUCAACUGUAACACAGCCCUCUACACACAGUCUGACCCCAUGGCCUCCACCCUUUCCAUUAUGGCAACGCAGGACAAAGAUACAGUGAUGGCCACUCAGCUCCAGAGACAGAUGUCCGAACAGGAACAGAGCAAGUUGGGGAAAGAUGAGACAGAAUUUGUGUUUCCAACUGAAGUUGGAGUCAUGGAAGAGCUUCAGAAUGAACAGUGUGUGCCUGAAGGUCAGUUGAAGGAAGAAGUGGGUACAGCUGGAUCCCAGUCUGACGAAGAGGAGGCUGAAUCUCAAUCUGUAAAAGGAGAUGGAGAAGACACAGGUGCAGAUGAUUCUCAAUCUGAAAAAGAAGGUGCAGAUGAUUCUCAGUCUGAGGAAGAUAAAAUUAGGUCUCAGUCUGAGGAGGAGGAGGCUGAACCUCAAUCUGAAAAAGAAGGUGCAGAUGAUUCUCAGUCUGGGGAAUAUAAAGUUAGGUCUCAGUCUGAGGAGGCUGAAACUCAAUCUGAAAAAGAAGGUGCAGAUGAUUCUCAGUCUGGGGAAGAUAAAGUUAGGUCUCAGUCUGAGGAGGAGGAGGAGGCUGAAACUCAAUCUGAAAAAGGAGAUGAAGAAGAAGGUCCAGAUGAUUUUAAAUCUGGGGAAGAUGUUGAAGCUGGGUCUCAGUCUGAGGAGGCUGAAACUCAAUCUGAAAAAGGAGAUGAAGAAGAAGGUCAAGAUGAUUUUAAAUCUGGGGAAGAUGUUGAAGCUGGGUCUCAAUCUGAGGAGGAGGAGGCUGAACCUCAAUCUGAAAAAGAAGGUGCAGAUGAUUCUCAGUCUGGGGAAGAUGAAGUCAGGUCUCAGUCAGAGGAGGAGAAGGAGGAGGCUGAAACUAUAUCUGAAAAAGGUGAUGGAGAAGAAGGUCCAGAUGAUUCUCAAUCUGGGGGAGAUGUUGAAGCUGGGUCUCAGUCUGAGGAAUUGGGUGAUGAUGGAGAGGACUAUCAGCAUGACCAAGAGGAUCCAGAUACCAAUUCCCAAUCUGAGGACAAGGAUAUGGCUGAGUCUCGUGAUGAAGAUGAGGAUGAGGAGGGUAAGCAGGCAUCAGAACAGCUGGAGCACAUCAGUCGGAGAGCCCAUCACUCUCAGGGUGGACUCGUCGUGCCUUUUGUCACAGAGAGAGGAAGGUCCAGAGUACACAGUGCUGGCGGUGUGCACAUCAGCUUGGAAGCGGGAGGCAGUGACGGCAGCCCACCUCGUAGUGGGACACCUGAUGUGCAAGAGUCUCUAACCUCUGGGACAGAGGCAGUUGACUGUGUUGCAGAUGGAGAAAACAGCUUUCAUCUGGAGAUGACGCAUGAUAUUGAAGAAGGCAGCCACCUCAGUGAUGCUCCGCCUGAAGAAGAAGCUGCUGCUUCUGCUGCUGUGGACCCUGUUGAACAGGAAGAAGAGUGGGAGGAUGAAGAGACUGAGGAAUUCCCCUGCAAGACUCCAGCAUUUGUCAAAGAGAAGAGGAACUUUUUUUUUCGGGAGCAUGAGACCUCACCCUCUGUUCUUAAGAAUAUUCAAACCAGUCGUACAGGUGAAGCUGUACCUGCAGCUAAGCCUAAGAAGGUGCAAAAGAAGACGAGAGGACCAACUAAGAAACAAGCCUGCCUUCCUAAGAGCUACCUUAUGAGUGUCUUCAGACACUUUGCAAAAACCAAGGUCUCUCCCGACGUUUACCCUGUCCUACAGGAAACAAUGGAUCAAUUCUUUGAUCGGAUGGCUGAGGACCUGGAGACGUACGCACAUCACGCCAAGAGAAAAACCAUUGAUUAUGAGGACGUUCUUCUUCUGUUGAAAAGGAUAGGAUAUGUGAAUGACAAGGUGCCAGUGGAAGUGCUGAUUGAAAAAUACCUUCGUAUGGAUCAGCGCAGACUCCUGAUCCCCAUUGCAACGAGUGGUAAUGUUGUUGUCCCUAGACAACGCAGAUGAAUAUUCCAUAAAUGGCUUCAUAUUUUAUUUGUCCUGGUUUCAUCUCUUGGACUUGUAUUUUUGUAUUUAUUUUUUGAUUUGUCUUAGUUUAGUGUGUUUAUAAUUUGUACAUAGUGCAAACUUUGCUUUUAACUGUUGUACUUACAGUCAGCACAGGUAUGUGUCACCUUUCUUUAUCUUUCCAUGCUCAUGUUUAUAUUUUCUGACAGUAUGCAAUAAAAAUAAAGUUUCUUUUUUAAUAUUUCUCUAAUUGGUUUGUGACCAAACAUUUUUUUAACUAUAAUAUUCCCCCUAAUGAAAUGGAUUGUAAAGAAAAGACCAUUCCUCAGAAUGCUGUGGUUGUUGGAUAUAUAAAAAAAUCUGAAUGGAGUUUGAUUUGAAAAUAUUGUUUGUUGUUGAUGAAUGACUGAGAAAGACUGAGGUGCUUGUUCUCAAUGAAAAACACUUGUAAUAAAAUCUAUGCUUGUGUAAAUAAACGAUAUUUUAAGAAUA